GACAGGCAUUCAGGGGGAGAAGGGGGGGAAUUAAGCUGCAAAAAAUCAUUUAUUCUGAAUCAGUUCCAGUGCAGGCCAAGGCAGCCUCUGAUAGAUGCUUCAGAAGCUGGGAGGGAGCUGGUGAAAAGACCAUGACAGACAUCAAAGAGGAAAACUUCCCACCUGAGGGCCCUGAACCUAGAGAAAUUCUUGCGGUUUCUCCAGAAAGACUGCCCCAAGAUGUUUUCUUCCAAACUAUGGCUGCCGAAAGCAACGUUUGGAACACACAGAGUGAAAAUGAAAUGCAUCAAGUAUUGAAGGAAAGCGAUACAAAUGCAGAAGUUAAAGAGAACAUUGAGAAUCAUGAUAUCCCACAAAGCAAGAAGGAAAGUCAAGUGGGUGAAAGAAGAAGUAAUUCUGUUGGUUGUCACAGUGGUAAUUACCAUGAAACAAUUCAGGAAGGAAAGAAAAGGAUUGAAUGCUCUACCUGCGGGAAAACCUUUGCUAGUAUAUCAACCCUUAAAGUGCAUUGGAAUAUCCACACAGGGGAAAAACCAUAUGACUGCUUGCAGUGUGGAAAGAGAUUCAGUCAAAGCUCAGCUCUUAUUGUACAUCAAAGAACCCACACGGGAGAGAAACGGUACAAAUGUUUUGAAUGUGGAAAGAAUUUUGCAUACAGCACCUAUCUCAUUGUGCAUCAAAGAAUCCACACAGGAGAGAAACCAUAUAAAUGUCUGCAAUGUGAAAAGAGCUUUUGUAUGAAGUCAAGUCUUAAUAUGCAUCAAAGAACUCACACAGGGGAGAAACCCUGUAAAUGUUUUGAGUGUGGAAAACGGUUUCUGGAACGAUCAGGUCUCAUUAGACAUCAAAGAAUUCACAGAAGGGAGUGGCCAUGUCAGUCCCUCAAGUCUGGAAAGGGCUUCAGAAGGAGUGCAAACUUCAUUGUACAUCAUGGAAACCACAUGGGUGAGAAACCAUAUAAAUGUUUAGAAUGUGGAAAGUGCUUCAUGCACAGAACAAACCUCACUAGGCAUCAACGCAUCCAUACAAGUGAAAAACCAUAUAAAUGUUUAGAAUGUGGAAAAAGCUUUAUGCAGAGCACAAACCUCAUUGGACAUCAAAGAACCCACACAGGCGAGAAACCAUACACCUGCUUGGAAUGUGGAAAAAGUUUUAUGCAGAGUAAAAAUCUUAUUAUGCAUCAAAGAACCCACACAGGUGAAAAACCAUAUAAAUGUUCAGAAUGUGGCAAGAGCUUUAGUCAAAACUCAAGCCUUACCACCCAUCAAAGAAUUCACACAGGGGAGAAAAUAUAUGGAUGUUCAGAAUGUGGGAAGAGGUUUACACGAAAUGCAAAUCUAAUUAAACAUCAAAUAUUCCACACAGGAGAAAAACCAUAUAAAUGCUUGGAAUGUGGAAGGUGCUUCAGCCUAAACAAAAGGCUUACUAACCAUCAAAGAAUCCACAAAGAGGUGAAACCCUUUAAAUGCCUAGAUUGUGGGAAAAGCUUCUGUCACAAUAGAAGUCUUAAGAGACAUAAAGAUGUUCAGACGGGGCAAUGUAAAAAGGGCUUUAGUCAGACACAAAUCAAGAAGAAACCAUAUCAGUGCCCCGAAUGUCGAAGUUCCUUCAGUCACAACUCAAACCUUAUUAUACACCAACGAGUUCAUACAGGAGAGAAGCCAUUUAGGUGCCAGGAAUGUGGAUUUUGUUUUAGUCAAUAUUCAAACCUUACAAGACAUGCAGUUAUUCACACUCGGGAAAAGCAAUAGAAAAAUUCUGACUGGGGGGAAAUCUCUUAUCUGUAAAUUAAGAAUAAAUAUGGUAUUAACUCAGGUGAGCUGUCUAGACCAAGACCCCAACAACAGUCCCUCUAAGGCUUUUGUACCACUGCAUGGAAGCUUGCUGAACCACCAGAGAGAGCUCCCCCUGCCAGGCUGCCACCCAACCUGCGCAACACCAAUACGGUGCCUGUGCAGCUGCAGUCCCUUCUGCCCUCCCCUCUGGGCAGAGGCGUAGCUAGGGAAAAUGAAGCCCAGUGCAAAAUCUAAGUUUUGUGCCCCACACCCAUGGGCAGCCGCUGUGAUGCUGGAAUCCACCCCCA